UGCACUGAAGCGGGACGCGUAUAUGCCGGAAUUUAGCAAACUGCUAGAUUGGGCACCCUCCCGGAGCAGUUGGUCGACCUCCGGAGCGAAGAAACAAAGCAACAACACUUUCGGGUCGCGAAAAGCAAAGCAGGGAUGGUCAGAGGUUUGGCCGCUGCCGCCAUUGUGGUGAACGGGCAAAAAAGCUUUUUCCUUGUUCAGGGAGAACCCGGCAUCCUCCUUCGCGUAGGUGCUUCUCCUUUCGGAGUCGCGCGCUCUCCCUUCCCUGGCCGUUGCCUAGGAGAUCGGAAGCGGGCGAGCGGCCUCGCGAGGAGGGCUGUUGGAGCGCGCGUGCGGCUGGCGGGACUCAAUCCAGACGGACACCAGUGCUCGGCGGUGCGCGCCUCCUCGUCGCGUGUCUUGAGCGUCCCUUCGCCUGGGGCAGGAACCCGCUUCCUCAGUCUGAACGGGAGUCGCUGCCGAGCGGUGGAAGGACGAGCUCUGCAAUUUGAAAACAGCAAAAGUAGUUGUUCACCAUUGGGAAGUAGAACACUUUAUUUUGAUACCCAUGCCUUUGUGUGCCUCUUGGAAGAAAAUGGAUUCAGUACUGAGCAAUCUGAGAUCAUUGUAUCUGCUUUAAUGAACAUCAUGAAAAGCAAUAUGGAUAUGAUACACAAAGACAUGGUCACAAAAAUGCAACAGGAAAUUGCUGUUCAGCAGAUAAUGUCUCAUAUUGGUGUUGUGAGAAAAGAUAUGAUUAUUUUGGAAAAGAGUGAAUUUUCAGCACUCAGAGCAGAAAAUGAGAAAAUAAAACUUGAACUUCAGCAGCUAAAAAAGCAAGUAAUGGAUGAAACUUCCAAAGUGCGAACAGAUAGCAAGCUAGAUUUCAAUCUAGAAAAGAGCAGAGUAAAAGAAUUGUAUUCACUUAAUGAGAGAAAACUAUUGAAAAUGAGAACAGAAAUAGUGGAAUUGCAUGCACAGCAAGAUCGAGCUUUAACACAAAGUUAUAGGAAAAUAGAUACUGAAGUUGCAGGUCUGAAAACAAUGCUUGAAUCACACAAACUUGACAACAUUAAAUAUUUAGCUGGUUCCAUAUUUACAUGCCUUACUGUAGCACUUGGAUUUUACCGUUUAUGGAUAUAACAAAACAUUAUUUUAAAGGGACUUGUAUUAACUUGCCUUAGGAAAAAAGAUACGUUACUUCCAUUUGAAAUAAUGUAAUUUUUCAAAGCCACUACCAUUUUAUUUAUUUGUCGCACUGAAGAAUGUAAUCAAAGAAUUACAUGUGGGUGCCUGAAAACUAGAACGGGUAUCAAAAUAUUGAAAGAAACCUUGCCUGUGUUAUGGGCAUCCAUAUUUUGCACAGAAUAGGUCCAUUCAAAACUGAAUGUUUGUAUGUCUCCAGGAGAAAGGCAGUUUUUAGAAUACUUACUAUAUACAUCAAAUGCAAGUUUUAAGUUAGAACAUUAGUGCUGUUAUUAGAGCAAACAUUAGUGCUAAGUGAGAGGGGAUAAAAUAAUCCAAUUACCUUUAUCAUGUUCCUUCAAAGCUAGAAAUUCUUGAAUUGUCAUAACUUCCUUCUUUUGUAUUGAUUAACAGGAUUCUAAAGAUUUGUUGUUGCUGUAUUUAAUGGAUGUUUCCAUUGUCGUCUGUUGUUAAUAAAUCUCCAUCCAACUAAAGAUGUUUUAUAAGCAGAUGUCGUGAAAAGAUUAUGUUGAUAACUAAAUGUCAAAGGAACAGUAGAAGAAAUCUUAGCUGUUUUCUUAAUAUAAAAAUAAUGGAAACAAAAGCUUUGCAAAAAGUUUUAUUUUCAAAGCUUUGCUUCCAUUAUUUUUAUAUUGAGGAAUCAGCUAGAGAAACAAGGCAAUUUUUCUUAAUAAAAUAAUAAAAGGCUACCAAACAUGAUCCUAAACCUAAUUCAAAAAAAGAUUAACCGGGUUUAUUCUCAGCCAGUGAUUACAAGGUUGCAGCCUAAAUUUGAGAUUUUUCAGUAUUUCCAGUUUAACAGUAUAUGUAAAUCAGUGACCAAAUUUAUCUGCAGUUGAGCACUAUAAGAAGUUUUUUAAAGAGAAAACUUUCAUAAGUAGGAAGUAGCAUUGGUAGUUGCAGCUAGAAGAUACCAAAUACCACAAAUACUUACCUGCAAAUAAAUUCUCAUGAAAUCAGAAGAAUAGACAUUAUAUAAUUCUCAGACU